AUACGUCAGCUUGCCUCGAGUCGCCCAGAAUCUUAUAUCGGUCCACCAACAACCUCCGCAGCAGCUUGCUCUCCGCUUCAGGUCCUUUCACAACUCGUGCCAAACGUCUGCUGCAGUCAUGGACAAUUACGAGGCAAUCCAGGCCAUACAUAAAUCAUUGCCUCCGUUCUCACCUUAUGUGCCCGCGUCUCUCCUUCCGUCCAUAGCUCUCAUCCUCUUGGCAUCAACUUUCGCUCUUGCAUUUUACUUUUCAACCCUUUCAAAAGACACGUUUCCGCUACGCGAGACUGCGGUGGCAUCACUAGCAAGUGUCCUCGGUGGUUUCGGAGUUGUUGCCCUGUUCUGUAGUGUUGGAGUGAACGUGUAGACAUCUUCCUGUCCUAGCAGUCGCAGUCAACCACUGGAUACCCCCACCCCAAAAACAUUAUACUAAUUGUUGACACGCCAACCGUGUUUACAAGAGACACACUGGAAAGUCAUUCGUCAGACUUGGGACAGCGAAUAGGGGAGUCACGUACUGUGUAUAAAAUUGUGGAACCUUCAUCAGCACUGCGCAUCUGCGAUCAUAGGUCAACUCAGUUUUUGCGUAAACGGUAUUAACAGUUUUCCUUGCCUGUUUCUCUUCGUAAUAAGCUU